ACAAAGAAACCCCAAUUGAGAUCAGAGCAUAUCAAUGCACCAUCUCUUCUUUUCCUGGUUCCAUCCCCGGUCAUCCGGGUUAGUUUGCUGAUACUUUGAACCCCAAAUGGACAACAAGAGAUGGUUUAGUUUAAUCUCUUAAGCUCCCCAAAAAAAAACCCAUAAACUAGUUUCAAUUGUUUGAGGCGUGCAGGAAAACUUAUUUCUUUCUCUCUGUUCCCCCCUCUAAAGCCUCAUCUGUUUUCCUGUACGCCAACUUCAUUCCUCUCCGUCAAGAAAUUCGUUUGUAGCCAUGCAAACCAUUACACACAUUUUUCUUUCUCUUUUAUGCCUAUCUCUUGUUCUCAAUCCCCAAAAAGCAUUGAGCUCGAAUCCAACAUCGUUUGCAUUAAGUUGUGGCAACAAAGACGGUGGUACUGACAACGAUGGCAGAAAAUGGGAAUCGGAUUCAAAAUACCUAGUCACGUCUGAUAAAUCUGUUGAGGCUGCGGCUCAAGUCCAAGACCCUUCUGUACCUUCUCCAAUACCAUACAUGCAUGCAAGGUUCUUUAAGUCUGAAACAACGUACAAAUUCGAUGUUAAUGGAAGCAGUCGUUAUUUUCUUAGGCUUCAUUUCUAUCCAUCAUCAUACCCUGACUUCAACACCACCAACUCCUACUUCUCAGUUGUUGCUGGUGGAGUUACCGUUUUGAAUAAUUUUAGCGCUUCCAUUGCAGCUCAGGCUCUCACACAAGCUUACCUUAUGAAAGAAUUUUCUUUGGCUCCUUUGAACAAAGAUUCCCUUAGUGUCACCUUCAAGCCUUCUGACAAAUAUAAUGGAUCUUUUGCAUUUGUCAAUGGUAUAGAGCUUAUACCAUCGCCUGAAUUAUUUGACUUGGCAACAAUGGUGGGGUUUGAUGACCAGCCUCUCAGUGUCAACUCUGCGAAUGUUCAAACAAUGUGGAGAUUAAAUGUUGGUGGCCAAUAUAUUUCUCCUUCUAAUGACUCCAGUGGUCUUGGCCGAAGUUGGUACGAUGAUUCGCCUUAUAUUUUCAGUGCUGCAACUGGGGUCACCAACCAAGCCGACAAUAAUGUCACAAUCCAGUAUAGAAAUUUUUCAGCAUCCAUAGCUCCAGUUGACGUGUACAGAACUUCAAGACAAAUGGGUUUUGAUGGGAAUGUCACAAAAAGUUUUAAUCUCACAUGGGCCUUUCAAGUUGAUGGGAAUUUUACUUACCUUAUGAGGCUCCAUUUUUGCGAGUAUGAAUUAAGCAAGAUCAACGAAAGAGUUUUUUUUGAUAUAUUCAUCAACAACCAGACUGCAAUUAAAAACGCUGAUGUGAUUGCAUGGUCAAGUCAAAAGGGUGUUCCUUUUUACAAAGACUUCGCCAUAUAUGUUCCUGAUGGAGCAGGUGAUGAGAUGCUUUGGUUGGCACUUUGGCCAGACAACUCAAUGCAUCCUUUAUAUCUUGACGCAAUUCUAAAUGGGUUGGAGAUAUUCAAAAUCAGUGAUGCGAACUCAAACUUGGCAGGUCCCAACCCUACCGUAUCGGCGAUGAUGCAGAAGCAGCUAGACGAGGAGGCCAAAAGGGCUUUCAGUAGUGAUCAACCUAAGAAAACCUAUACCACUGCAUUAAUUGGUGGAGCUGCAGGAGGAGCUGUUGCUUUUGCUUUUGUGAGUGCAGUAGUAAUUGGCUAUAAACGGAAGAGGAGACUUCCUGACAGUGAUUCACGUACAUCUAGUUGGUUGCCAAUCUAUAGCACCACCCAUACUUCGGGAAGCAAAUCGACCAUCUCUGGCAAGAGUCAUGGUGGCACCAACAUUUCAUCUGAUGCCGCGUGCAACUGCCGCUAUUUCUCCUUGGCUGAGAUACAACAAGCCACUAAGAACUUUGAUGAGUCUAACGUCAUUGGUGUUGGUGGGUUUGGAAAGGUUUAUAAAGGUGUCAUCGAUGGGAAUACCAAAGUGGCUGUUAAAAGGUCAAACCCAUCUUCCGAGCAAGGAGUUAAUGAGUUCCAGACUGAAAUUGAGAUGCUUUCGAAGCUAAGGCACAGACACCUGGUCUCUCUAAUCGGCUUCUGUGAAGAAAAUAAUGAGAUGGUCUUAGUUUAUGAUUACAUGGGACAUGGAACUAUGAGGGAACAUCUUUACAAGGGCAACAAAAUUACUCUCUCCUGGAAACAAAGGUUGGAAAUUUGCAUUGGAGCAGCUAGAGGACUUCACUACCUUCACACUGGGGCUAAAUACACUAUCAUCCACAGGGACGUCAAGACCACAAACAUUCUCUUGGAUGAGAAAUGGGUUGCUAAGGUCUCAGACUUUGGGCUCUCCAAAACUGGUCCCAACAUGAAUCAGGGCCACGUUAGCACUGUGGUGAAGGGUAGCUUUGGUUACUUGGAUCCUGAAUAUUUCAGGAGGCAACAAUUGACGGAGAAGUCGGAUGUGUACUCAUUUGGUGUUGUUCUUUUCGAGGCAUUAUGUGCAAGGCCAGCUCUCAACCCAAGCCUUCCAAAGGAACAAGUUAGUCUUGCAGAUUGGGCUCUGCAUUGCCAGAGGAAAGGAACUCUAGCGGACCACAUUGAUCCCCAACUCAAGGGAAAGUUAAGCCCAGAGUGCUUGAAGAAGUUUGCAGAGACAGCUGAGAAAUGUUUAGCUGACCAUGGAACAGAUCGUCCCUCCAUGGGUGAUGUGUUGUGGAAUCUUGAGUUUUGCUUGCAAUUGCAAGAAAACCCAGAAGGUAGUUCAAAACCAAAGCAAACUUCAACAAGCGUGGAUUAUGACCAACCAGAAGAAAUUGAUCACAAUAGUUUCUUGGCAAUGCACCGGAGUACCUUAAGCCUUGGAAGUGAGCAUGAUGAAAAUGAAUCAGAUGAUAACACAAACGAUAUCUUCUCCCAGAUUGUCAAUCCAAAGGGGCGGUAAUAUGAUUUUUCUUAUAGCUAUGUGUGUCAAUUGAACUGGCUAUAUCAACGCUAUGAAGCCAUACACCUGAGUUGAGACCAGUUGGUUUUCUGACAGGAAUGAUAAUAUUUUCACGAUGUAUAUUGAGUGUCGGGUCUUUCUAUUUGUUCUCUCUUAAUUUUAGUAUUAUUCACCGGACCUGCUAUAUUCAAACACAUAGCAACUUGUACUCAAUGUACGGAGAUGAUACCCAAAAAAAAAUAAAAAUAAUAAAAAUUAUAAUACAACUAUAUUUUCUAAUUAUAUA